AUGGAUACAUUGCACGUUGGACAUGGACACAGUAAGGGAUCCAGUAGGAGCCAGUCCCCGUCCACAGUGGAUCUGGCCAGAGAUCCCGCCUUGACUGACGAUGCGUUGAUACGAUCGAGGGUCCAGUCGCCGUCCACGGUGCAUCAUGUCAGUGAUUCAUCGUCCCGUCACGGAGAGCCUCGUUCUCAUCACGUAAAGUCGCAUUCCAGGGAUCUUGGUACCAGCCCCCUUUCUGCUAACACAACCGGAAAUACGUCACGAGAAUUAGAAGAUUCGCCGCAAAAGAAGAAUAUAUCGAAUAUAAUCCCUGGAGACUAUGUCACCGCCGUCUACAGCCCUAAUGUGUCAUAUGCCCUCUCCGCUGAUGAAUAUGGCUCACCGGCUUACAGAGGUCAAGAUGGGGAUUAUUUAACGCAAGGAUCGGAAGAUAGUGAAGGCAAUGUGGCGUCUGCUAAGGCACAGGCUGCCAUUGCGCAUCUCAAUAGUAAGAUCGAGAGAACGAAGGAUCUUAUACGGCUCGAACAGACUAUAAGAGAUGAUAACGUAAACGAGUACCUGAAGUUAGCAGCGAAUGCAGAUAAGCAACAGUUGCAGCGGAUCAAGGCUGUGUUUGAGAAGAAAAACCAGAAGAGCGCCCUCUGUAUUGUACAAUUGCAAAAGAAACUCGAGGGAUAUAACAAACGGAUUAAAAACUGGGAGCAACAUGGUACAAGCGGACAAUCACACAGACAACCACGGGAAGUGUUACGGGAUAUGGGGCAAGGGCUUAAAAAUGUGGGCGGUAAUAUACGCGACGGAAUCACUGGUUUGGGCGGAAGCGUAAUGGCGGCGCCAAGGGAAUUCGCCCACCUCUUCUCACGCUCCAAUCGCUUCGGAUCUGCUGAUAACAUCGCGCAUCUGGCCGGUCUGUAG